AUGCAUUCACGAAAUGCAGAAAUCCGUAAAUCCGUUACUAUUACCUUCAUUGCUGUGAAUAUUAUUUUGCUUGUUAGCGUUGUUGGUGUUCUCUGUUGGUAUUGUUUUUGUAGGAAAGAAGAGAAUAAUGAAGUGAAGAAAUAAUUGAGAAUAAAGGAUGGAAAUAUAAAAAUUAGAAUUAUUUUUGAUUAUAAAUAUUGUGUAGUAUAUUAUUGUAAAUUCUUUAAUAGA